AUGGUGAAGCAGAAGGCUGAAAGUUUGGAGGAAGCCCCCAUUGUUGAGCGUUUGGUGGUGUGCCCCACUGUUGAGCAUUUGGUGGUGUUCCCCAUUGUAGCGCAUUUGGUGGUGUGCCCCAUUGUGGAGCUGGUUGGGGUGAUCCCCAUUGUUGAGGAUUUGGUGGUGUGCUCCCUUGUUGAAAACUUGGAGCCAAUAAUCCUCCUCAGCUUUGUCCUCCUAAACUGUUACCGACAGAAGAUGGAGUUCCAGAUGAUAUCCCUCCUGAGUGUAGACUCCCAUACGAUUGGCUUUGCCCUAAUUGUUUCGGCACAUCUUAGUUGUUUCGUGAAACACCAGUCUUUGCUUCCAACAUUUGUAGCUUGUCCACGUCUAUAUUUCCAGCUAUAUCGAUGA